ACUGUGGAAUUCGAAACCAAAUCGUUGACAAACUCGCUAUUUUAUAUCCUGGCCUAGGAAAUAUCCUCAUUCAGUGACCAUCUGUGUUCGUGCAGCCGCUGCACGUUCUAUUCGUUACUCUGAGUCCACUUAUAACUAGCAACAGAAACCCACCUGUAUAUUCAGAGGAACAUUCUGAAAUCUCUCCUUUUACACGGCCCUACACACCACCUUCUUAAUUCCACACGGCAGCACCAGCAACAUCUAUCCUAGCAGAUCCGCUUAUUUUCUAUAUUUCUAACCUACGACCAUGUGGAGACAAUUGACAAUAGCAGGGCUUGCAAUCCAGGCUUUGCUGUUAUCAAGUGCCGCGGCGGCUCCACAAGGCUCACAGCGAUCCGACAGGCUGCUUCAUCGACUAACAGGCGACAACGCAUUCCGCAUCCCGGUGAUGUCGCACAGAUCUGGAACCAGCCGCGCGUCGACAAUGCAGGCCCGCGUUCGCACACUGCAAAAACACAUGCUACAAGUGCCUGGCAAGUGGCUGCAGGAGGUACAAAGCCUGCCAAUGUUCAAACUGGACUUGGACACGGGCUCCGGUGACAUCUGGCUGGCGGGCCAAGAGUGUAGGGUGUGCUCACGGCACAAGAAAUUCGACCCCGAUCGCUCAUCAACGCACAGAUAUGAGGGUCGCAAAUGGGGCAUUUCGUAUGGCGAUGGGUCGUUUGCCGCCGGCACCACCAUCCGCGACACUGUAUCCAUCGGCAAAAUUUCUGUGCCCAACCAAGUCAUUGGCCUCGCAACUAACGAGUCCAGAGCGUACCAGGUCGAUACUGUCGAUGGGCUCCUGGGGCUGGCACACAGCGGCGUGGCGUUCAUUCCCGGCGUUACCACGUUCCUUGACAACAUGUACGAGAACAACAUUCUUAAAGACCCGAUCUUUUCUGUCUAUAUUACGGAGAAAGACAAGGACGGGUUUGCUGGCGAAUACCUGUUUGGCAGCUAUGACAAGAGCAAGUUCAUUGGUGACUUGACCUGGGUGCCAUUGUAUCAGCCCAAGUUCUGGCAAAUCCUGGUUGACGGCGUGUCGUUCAAUGUCCAGAGCCUCAGCAGUGAAAAGAUGGACAUCAAGGGCCCGGCAAUUCUCGACACUGGCACAACGCUUAUCGUUAUGAAUGAUGAACAGGCAACCAGAGUCGUACCCGGAAACCUGACUUUCACGAUCGCAGGCGCCGACUUGAUCCGCGAGCCGGUCAAGGGCCUAGACGGCUGGUGCUUCUCGGCUGUAACUAGCGGUGCCUCCAACUUCAUUAUCCUCGGCGACAUCUUCCUCCGUUCAAACUAUGUAGUAUUUGACCGUGGCCAAUCUCGCGUUGGCAUUGCCCCCUCAAAACACCAAUAGCCAGCUAGAGGGAUAGCUAUAUAUUCCUCUAGGCUCCUCUUCUAUUCAUCACGUACAUAUCCUCCUAACCUCUCCUCCACACCUACUCUAUAUCUGCACUUGCGCUUGUUUGUCCUUGCUGCGCAUUUGCUUGCAAUUAUUAGCAAUACAUCCACGUGACCGAUCCGAU